AUGUCGGCAAAAGCUGUUAGCGAGUUAUCUGGAAAAGAGGUUCUUUACAAAUACUUCGAAUCAAGUGGCCUCCUCUCCUCCCCACAUGCAUUUCACGUGAAGGCCGGUGAGAAUUUCGACGAGAUUGCCAACAAGUACGAGUGGCUCGCUCGUGAUAACAAAGGAGUCAUCAAACCAGACCAACUGAUCAAAAGACGUGGAAAGUUGGGAUUGGUCAAGAUCGGAACACCACAAGAAUUAAAGGCGUGGUUCGAGAAGACAGGAAAUACUCAUGUGAAAGUAGGACAGACAGAAGGACGCCUUCAUACAUUUAUUGUCGAACCAUUUUGUGCACAUACGGAGAAGGAUGAGAUGUAUAUUGCGAUUUUCAGUGAGAGAACCAGAGAUGUUAUUAUGUUUUAUGAACAUGGAGGUGUUGAUAUCGGAGAUGUUGAGGAGAAGGCCCGCAGUGUAUCCAUCCCAGUCCAACUUGAUAACAAAGCUAUGUCACCAUCCGACGAGGAGCUCUCCACCCUACUGGGACCAGUUAAGGACAGUGAACUCAUCCGUAAAUUUGUUGUAGAACUCUACAAAGCCUACAAAGAUCUCCACUUCACUUACCUUGAAAUUAACCCAUUUGUCCUUCUUAACAACCAAAUCCACGUUUUGGAUCUCGCUGCCAAACUCGAUGAAACUGCCAAUUUCUUGUGCGCUGAUAAGUGGAAAAGCCGAUUGACACCAUAUGGGGGGCCAAACCAUGUUGAGUUCCCAGCACCUUUCGGACGUGACCUAACCACAGAGGAACAGUACAUUUCUGAUAUGGAUGCCAAGACAGGAGCAUCUCUGAAGCUCACCAUCUUGAACAGAAAGGGAAGAGUCUGGACUAUGGUUGCAGGAGGUGGUGCUUCAGUGGUUUUCACUGACACCGUCUGUGACCUUGGAGGUGCAACUGAACUUGCCAACUACGGAGAAUACUCUGGAGACCCAUCAGAAUCCCAGACUUAUGAAUACGCCAAGACAAUCCUCUCAGUUAUGACGGAAGGAGCUCCAAGACCAGAUGGAAAAGUUUUGAUCAUCGGAGGAUCUAUUGCUAACUUUACGAAUGUUGCGAAAACUUUUGGUGGAAUCGUCAGAGCUUUUGAGACCUUUGUUUCCAAGCUUAAAGAGCACAAAGUCACAAUUUUUGUCCGUCGUGGAGGACCGAAUUACCAAGAAGGAUUGAGAAGAAUUAAGGAUGCCGCUACCAAGUUGGAGCUCCCAAUCCAUGUGUUUGGCCCAGAAACUCAUAUGACUGCUAUUGUUGGCGCAGCCCUCGGAGUCAAGCCAAUGCCAACUGUACCAACUGCUCCACAGACCACCGGACAGUUCUUGUUGAGCCCGGAACGUAAUACCGGCGGAACCGAGCGUGCUCCAUCUUCCCCAGUACCAAGUCCAACUCCAAUUGAGAACCCACUCACCACUGCACAACAAAACAAAUUGAACAGCUUCCGUGGACUAUUCGAGGAUGAUACCAAGGCAAUUGUCUGGGGACAACAAGCCAAGGCUAUCCAAGGAAUGCUAGACUUUGAUUAUGUGUGCAGAAGAAACUCUCCAUCAGUCGUUGCCUCCACCUAUCCAUUUACUGGAGAUAACAAGCAGAAGUACUACUUUGGACAGAAGGAAAUCCUAAUCCCAGCUUACAAAUCGAUGGCAAAGGCGUUUGCCACUCACCCAGAAGCUUCCGUGAUGGUCACGUUUGCCUCCAUGAGAUCUGUCUUUGAGACUGUCUUAGAGGCUCUCGAGUUCCCACAAAUCAAGGUUAUUGCCAUCAUUGCUGAAGGAGUUCCAGAGAAUCAGACAAGAAAACUAUUGAAGAUUGCUCAUGACCGUGGAGUAACUCUUAUUGGUCCAGCCACUGUUGGAGGAAUCAAGCCAGGAGCAUUCAAAAUCGGAAACACCGGAGGAAUGAUGGACAACAUCCUGGCCUCCAAACUCUACCGCCCUGGAAGUGUCGCCUAUGUGUCUCGUUCCGGUGGAAUGUCCAAUGAGCUCAACAACAUCAUCUCUCAAAACACCAACGGUGUCUAUGAAGGAAUUGCUAUUGGAGGAGAUCGUUAUCCAGGAAGCACUUACACUGACCACGUUAUCCGUUACCAAAAUGAUGACCGUGUGAAAAUGAUUGUUCUUCUCGGAGAAGUUGGAGGUGUGGAAGAAUACAAAAUUGUGGACUUGUUGAAGCAAAAGAAGGUGACUAAGCCUCUGGUCGCUUGGUGCAUUGGAACAUGUGCCGACCAUAUCACUUCCGAGGUUCAAUUUGGGCAUGCUGGAGCAUCGGCCAACGCUCUCGGAGAAACCGCUGCUUGCAAGAACGCAGCUCUCCGCGCUUCCGGUGCUCUUGUUCCAGAAUCCUUUGACGAUCUUGGAAACAAGAUCCGCCAAACCUAUGAUGAACUCGUCCGCCAGCAAGUCAUUGUUCCACAACCAGAAGUUCCACCACCAGCCGUUCCAAUGGAUUACGCAUGGGCUCGUGAACUUGGUCUCAUCAGAAAACCAGCUUCAUUCAUGACAUCCAUUUGUGAUGAGAGAGGAGAGGAGUUGAAUUACGCAGGAGUUCCAAUCACCAAGGUUUUGGAGUCCGAUAUGGGAAUUGGGGGAGUUUUGGGAUUGUUGUGGUUCCAGAAACGCCUCCCACCACACGCCAACAAGUUCAUUGAGAUUUGCUUGAUGCUCACUGCUGACCACGGACCAGCUGUUUCCGGAGCUCACAACACCAUUGUGUGUGCUCGCGCCGGAAAAGAUUUGAUCUCCUCCCUCACCUCUGGACUCUUGACAAUCGGAGACAGAUUUGGUGGUGCGCUUGAUGGAGCUGCUCGCCAAUUCUCAGAAGCAUUUGACCAAGGAUGGUCUGCCAACCAGUUUGUCAGUGAGAUGAGAAAGAAGGGAAAACAUAUUAUGGGAAUUGGGCAUCGUGUCAAGAGUAUUAACAACCCCGACAAGCGUGUGGAAAUCUUGAAACGCUUUGCAAUGGACAAGAAAGAGUUUGCUCAAGAGACACCACUCUUUGAGUACGCCUUGGAAGUCGAGAAGAUCACCACUGCUAAAAAACCAAAUCUCAUCCUCAAUGUCGACGGAGCGAUUGCAAUCUUGUUCGUUGAUAUCCUCCGCCACAGCGGAAUGUUCACCAAGGCGGAAGCCGAGGAGACCAUUGAGAUCGGAUCUUUGAAUGGACUUUUUGUAUUGGGCAGAUCUAUUGGAUUUAUCGGUCACUAUCUUGAUCAAUCUCGUCUCAAGCAAGGUCUCUACCGCCAUCCAUGGGAUGAUAUCUCCUACAUCAUGCCAGAGAGCAACUUGGUAAGUUAUUUGAAGGGGUUUCUUCAUUGA